CUCCUCGGAAUGCUGCCGGAGGCUCAUCGCGAUUGGGGGGCGGGGGGGAGACAACAGCUUGAAAUCCAGCUACACUUGCCUCUGGAUCAGUGCCGCAACUCAAACAACGCUAGAUAAGAUAAUUUAAAACUUGCGGCGCCGUCUAGAUAAUUAGCGUGAGGUCCGCGGAUUCAUUAAGUGAGAGAGAGAGAGGGAGAGAGAUGCUCCUCCGCUGGGACUGUGUGAUGUAUGCAGUCUCGACGAAUCUGACAAGUUGGGGAAAGCGGGAGUGGAGAGGGGCAUUAUUAGCACGGUCCUGAUACGGCUCCUUCAAAAACCUUGGCCAAGUCAAAGCGGAACUGUCGACGCGGCUGGCCUCGGACUGACGAUCCGGUGCAUCGGUGCAUGGUGGGUACAGACUACAGCCCGUUUGGGUCAGAUUGAUGGAAGCUUAAGCAAUGGUGGAAGGAAGGGGACGAGGAAGUGGAGACGGAGGAGUUGGGCGGAUUUGCCGAUGCGGUCGAAGUGGGGGCCGCGGGUGCGUGUUGCCGGGAAGUUGUCGGGAGCCGUGGAACAGGAUGAUUGGUUACGUGUGCGACUGGAUCGACGCCUCUGAAGUGCCGAUGAUGAUGAAUUGCCACUGACUGACAGGCUGAUGCGGUGGGAUGGUACUAUGCCGCGAUCGUGCGCCAAUGCCCUCUAGAGGGAGGUGGGACUGAAGUCUUCCCUGCAGUUGUAAGAGUGUGUGCGUGUGUGUGUGUGUGAGCGCGCGGAGUGACACUCUGUGUUGAUUAGUUUGUAGGGGCAGAAGGUAUAUUUGGCUGUGUGAGUGUGUCAGAUGGUUCACUGUGCGCAUUGAAGCUGCGCAGGUGUGUGGAGAGCAGAAUUCCCGAGAGGCUCGUAGGCUUGUCUCGUUGCGAAGAGACGUUGAUGUCGUGAUUUUAUAUUUAUAUUUAUAUUUUUGUUUGCCUUAUUCCUUAUGCCUACUCAUCAAUGAAAGUUUGCUACCCGUUUGGACUUCAGCUUGUAGAGGCAUAGUGAGCUUCUCUGUGCAUCAAAUUGGUAGCGAAUUUGUUAGGUGUUGCUAGGAGGUGAGCUGCAUUGGAUUAGUUCUGGACAACGGUCAUCUGUGCUAUCAAUUCCUGUGGUAGUGUCUAAACGUGAGAGUGAGUUACAAGUUUGCAAAUUUGAGCCAAAGCAUCGGUCACUCCCCUGUAGGUUUAGAAUUGCUUGGAUUAAAGCGACCUUGAUCUGCAGUCUUGAUCGCGAGUCAAUUAGAAAGCUUUUGUGGGAAGAGCGAUAGUCAAUCUAUGUUAACUGUCGAGUGAAGCUUAACUUUCGUAGAAUCGGGUCAAUCUGCCUCCCGUCGAGGACAUGAGCCUUGGAAGCACGCGGUGUUCUCUUUCAUAUGUUGGAUUGUUCGUCGUAUUCUCAGAAGGAUAGAGCUUUGAGAGGGAAUCUACAUUCUCUUAACAAAGCUCUCCUGGUUCAUUAACUCCAGUAUUAUUUGAAAAGGACCACUCGUGACCUCGACUAAGCGCUUCCAUGAGCACCAAAAAGGGCAGCGCGACUUCUUUAACAAAUGAGGAGAAAAAAAAUCGCUAUUUCAUCGAGAAUGAGCCUUUACAACUUUUAUCUGUACUAGACAAACUGCGCGUGCACUUGUAGUAUCCCACAGUAGUAACGGUGUUGAAAUUUGUUGCACAAUAUUGGAAGGUGACUCCAGCUCUUGGGUAGUAACCAAUUAAAACGAUGGGUAAUUGCCAUGCGGUUGAUCCCGUGUGUGCGACCGUGGAGCAUCCGAAUGGUACUGUCGAGAAGCUCUACUUCUCUUCCUCCGCCCGGCAACUGAUGCUCCAGUACCCUGGGCACUACGUUGCCCUUCUGCCGCCUCCACCAAACCCUUCUGUGGAUGGUGGAGUUAGGAACUUUCGACAGAAGGCGAAGCUUCUGCAGCCGGACACUAUGUUGAGCGUUGGCUGCUGCUACCGGUUGGUGACUUUCGAAGAUGUUUUGUCAGAGCUUUCUGACAAGGGCAACAUGGUUCGUCAGACAAGCAAGAAGAGAAUCCCCCAAUCCAACACGGCCACACCGAUGAAGCAGCAAUCUUCGAUCCAACCAUCCCAUGUUUCCAAUCACCAUUCAGAAGUCAGCAAGGCUGCAGUGAAUCACAUAAAUCAGCUGCGAGCAAGGCUAUCAAAGUCCUUCCUUGUACAAAAGGAAAACGAAAAUUCAUCUCCACCAGCCUUUCAAGCGAGGCCAGGUUUCGUGUCCAGACGUUCACCGCCGCAGUCUCUGCAUCCAGUGCAACGAGUACGAGCUUGGCGGCCGAGCCUUCAGAGCAUCUCUGAGCGAAAUCGAUGAUCAGUAGAUCGACGUUCAGCACCUCCAUCUGUACAUACCAACCAUGUGCAUCGUGCAAGUCUUCAUCCACCAACAUAAAUGCACAGCCAAGCUUCUUACGUGUCCGUCAAUUCUUUUGUAAACAAUAUCUCGUCCAUUCAUUCACGUUUUACUGUCGAAUAGUUUGGACAUAAGCAAUACAAAAAGUGCAAAAUUCAAGUAGAUUAGAUGAGUUUGUUAAUCCUUGUGAAGUUUGUGACAGCGUGAUCAGCCGCUAAGGGCUUUGUGUCAUCAGUUGCAGCAGAUGUCCUUCAAUUCUGAAGUCUUGGCAGAUAUUCCUGUGAUUUUAGUCCUUGACUAAUAAAAUUGAAGAAACAUUCUCUUCAUUCUUCAAGUGU